AUGUUGAGAGCGUUUGAAAAGAUUGGAAUCAAAAACGUCGAAAGAAUCGAACGGAGUGUGGUGUGGAUGACUUCGAGGACAAACCGUGAAGUGAACAUAAAAGUUUUCAUGGAACACGCCGGCGACCGGAUGACAGGUUAAGAUAAAAAGAAAAUAAAAAUAGAAGAAAAUUUAAGAAUGCAUAUACUCUGAGGGCGAAAACCCAUUCAAACCAGUGGCCAAGCGAGAGGAUUAUACAGAAGUGCCUUUGAUUGAGAAGAAAAAAAGACUUGUCGAGGUGGGAAAGAGCGUUCAAAAAAUCCUGCUAUAAAGACCAAAAAAUCCAUCAUUUUCUAAAAAAUUGUGAAAUUUUCAGUUAUUGAACAAUGUUUUAGUGAAAUCUGCGCGCGCUUACGUAUAAAAAAAAUUGAGCUGAAAAGCUUUUUUUCAGUACAACGAAAAGUGUGGACUUGGAUUGGACCCAGAAGAUAUAACAUUCUACUAUGAUUAUUACAAAGAUGAAGCUAAGAGGUUGAGCUUUCAAAGUUUUGAUACUCAAAUCAAAAACUUUAGGAACCCCACAGACGUUGAAUUGUACGACCUGGCAAAUUCGGACUCGGAACAUUCGCGCCAUUGGUUUUUCAACGCCAAUUUGUUCGUUGACGGGGCGCCACGCACGGAUACUUUGAUGGAAACCGUCAAGAAAACUUUGAAAGCGCCAAACAACAGCGUUUUAGCGUUCUGCGACAACUCCAGGUCCGAUUUCAUCGAUUUUUUGAACUUGAGAAAUCAGAAAAAUUGUUUAAAAAAUUCAAAAUCAAAGCUCAGCUUACAAACGAAGUGAUUUUGGUACAAAGUAUUGUAAUUUUCUAUACCUUUCAAACUUAAUGUAAUAAUGACCAUAUCUUGUUAGCUACAGAGGAUUUCAACAACAAAAAAGCAAAAUCAGAAAAACCAAAAAAAUAAUGGAGCGAUUGGAAUGAAGGAACCAAAAAAACCGGAAGUUAUAUAGAGUCGCUCUAAAAAUUUGCAGUUCCUUUUCUUAUAGAAGAUUAUUAGUUGUUGACUCUUGAACAUGUUAAAAUUGAAGUGAAGAGGAGAAAAAAUAAAUAAAUGAAAAAGAAAUCAAUAAGUUUGAAAUUGGACGAACUAAUGCGCGCGAUGGACAACUUGAAAAGGAAACUUGAAUACUUAAGGGUUUUUCGUCUUUUUUCGAUGGUACGAUUUUAUCUCAUGCCGUGUUCAAAGUGAUUCCGCGAAAUUCAAAAUAGCCGUCAGAGAAAGAGAAAGAUAACUAAAUUUUGGAGGGUCAGAGACCAUUUUGCAUUUCGCGGAAAUUACUUUGAACACGGCAUCAAGUCCGCGAAUCUCCGGAGCCGUUAUCUCAGAGUACCGUAAUCUCAAGGCCCAUAAUCUCCGAAACCACUUAUCUCCGAAAACUCUUUCCUUCUUUGCUGUCCACAUGCAAAAGUGAUCAGAGAAGCUAAAGGACAAAAAAAAAUAGAAAGAAAUAUCACUUUGAAAAAUUGAAAAGUUUUUCACUCAGUGGAGAAAAUGAAAAAAGUUUGAAAAACGAAAAUAUUUGGCUUUCGUACGCAGUUUCGAUCGGAGAGUGUAUUCUGAGCACAACACAAGAAAAAAAAUGAAAAUAAAAUGCAAAAAAGAGAAAGAAAAUUGAAGUUUUUUGUUUUCGGAGAUAAGUGGUUUCGGAGAUUAUGGGCCUUGAGAUUACGGUACUCUGAGAUAACGGCUCCGGAGAUUUGCGGACUUGAGGUAAAAUCGUACCAUCCUUUUUUCGGGACAUUUUUCGAUUUUAUUUUUGUUUGUUUCAGAAAUUGAAGUACUAUCUAUUUAUAGGUUUUUAGCAAUGAAUAUAAUGAACCCGAUUGGAUAGCUUCAUGUCUGAAAAUUUACAUUACUUCAGGGAUUUACGGAAGAACUCCGCAAAUUACAGUUUUCAUUCACGUUUAUGUUUUAGCUUGGAUGAAUUGUUUUUCAGUGUCAUCAGAGGCUAUAAUGGAAUCUCGCGUUUACGGCCGAAAGAUCCGACCACAGCUUCGGAGCUCCAGUUUCUUUUCGCGCAUGAUAAACCGGGCAGUGCUAUCCACUUGCUGUAUACUGCUGAAACGCACAAUUUUCCGACGGCCGUUUGCCCAUUCCAAGUCUGGUUUUCAUUAGAAAAUCGUGUUACAUGGAAGAUCGGACUCAGAUUUUCGUGGUAGGAAGCCGUAGGGGAGAUUAUGACGAAACAAACAGUAAAAGAAGUUGUCUGAUAAGCGUCAUAGGAUACCGAGGAAAAACCAUGGAUUUUUUUGAAAGCAUUUUUAUGGAUGAUUUGAUGUGUUUUUUCUUUUUAAAGCUCUCUCCAUCACGAUAAUAUCGUUAGAAAAGCGCUGUUGAAAAACGUUUCGUAAUUUAGUCAUGCUAUGUUUCAGACAAUGCGCAAGCUCUUCGUGAUGGCCUAAAACAUUUUUCGAAAUAUAUUUCCGUUUAUACAGUAUAAGCCAUUAAACUCAAGGCCCAUUAUUUUUUGAACACCCUGAUAUAUCAGGGAGCAGCGACUGGAACCGGCGGCCGGAUUCGCGACGUUCAUGCCACCGGCCGUGGAGCCCACGAAAUUGCCGGGGUUGCGGGUUACUCGGUCGGAAAUCUUUUUAUUCCAAGGAUGCUGACACCUUGGGAAGUUAGGAUGUCUCAGCCAUCACCGAAAGGCAUCUGCCAACCAUUAAAGGUAGGGCCAUUUUUUCUCGAAAACUUUUUUUUUGGAAAAACUCAAGUUAAUUUUGAAAUUUGUGCUUUUCGUUCAACCACGAUGAUUAUUGCUUUGGCUUUUCAAGUCCGAAUUUUUCGCGGUCCUUUUUGAUUAUCUCAAACCACGAAAACAUGAUUCGAUUCUGAAAGCGCUCAGGAUGCGCAAAGUCGUAUUUGACCAAAAAUAAAAAAAAAAUAGAAUGAAAAACGGCUCUUCGCCUCGAGACCUUCAUAGAAUUUGUCAAUGUUCGGUAAAACACUUACGGAAUUCCUAAUGGGGUGAGGGAAGGUAAGCGAGGCGUCGAAAUUCCUGAAUUUACAAAAAAAAGAAGUGCGCGCUCCGGAUAAAAUGACGUCAUUCUACGUCACAAGUUACAUGAGUAUUCAACGUUAAUAACUUGCAUAUCGUACUCCCAAUUUGGCUGCGUACUUGAGAUUUCAAUUUUCGCGCCAAUUUUUUUUUUUUUGUCGUUUUUCUCACUCCGUUUGGGAACGCCGUGCACUGACAAAAUAUUUCGUAGCAAAUUUAUCCGCUCAAAACUAUAGAUCCUUAUCGAGGCUUCCAACGGCGCCUCGGACUACGGUAACAAGUUUGGCGAGCCAAUAAUUUGCGGAUUCGUCCGCUCGUUGGGCAUGGAAGUCGGCAGAGAUUGGUACGAGUACCUCAAGCCGAUCAUGUUCUCCGGCGGCAUCGGAACUAUCGGUUGACCAGAAAAUAUUGGAAAAACUAGAACAAAAGUGUUUUUAAGAGGAUCGAUACGUGAGUAAGAUCAAACCGUCCGACGGACUUCCGAUUGUGAAAAUUGGCGGUCCUGCGUAUCGUAUCGGCGUCGGCGGCGGAGCUGCUUCCUCGUUGAAAGUUCAGGGUGUGGUUUUAGGCUCAGAAGAAACUUGAGAAAAAAAACUCUUGAUUUGUUUCAAGAGAAAAGUGGGAUGAAAUUUUGAAAAAGUAGCAAAAAUCCUUCAUGUUUCGUGCAUAGCAGAUUCACGGCUGGCUUGAGCCGUCGAAAAAUGGGUCCUGAGACUAUUAAAAAAGAGAUGGUUGCUGUGGAGCGCAGACAGGCCACGCCUAGCUUAGCGUACCAAGUUAGCCGUGAAUUGGCUAUAUACUAUAGAGAAAAAGAAAACGGGAUUUUUUUUUCGAGAAUUUUUCCUGUAAUCCUCAGAUAGAACCCUUCCGAGAAACUUCCCUUCGUGUCUCGGUGCAUAUACCUUUCAUUUAGCCUAAAAUAAAGUUAUUAAAGGCGCAUACACAGAGAUAGGCCUAUUGGAAGGGUCGCUGGCUUGGAGAAAAGAGGGAAGGGUCGCUGGCUUGGAGAAAAGUAAUAAGUCGUAACAAGCUGACGCGGAAUGGGCUAUAACCCUUAGAAGGAAAACGGCAGGUCAGCGCGCAUUCAUCAGUUUAGAGAGCACAAAAAAAUUGGAGAGAACAGAAUCGUGCUACGAUUCCUAGACAGUGUGUAGAACGAGGAGAGGGCGAGUCUGAUCUCUCCAAGUUUACAAUGCUCUCUAACCAUCUCUCUGCUGCCUUUUUUAUUCUAACUUCUUUGUGCGAAGAUCCUACUAUAGCUGAUUCACGGCUGGUUUGAGCCAUCGAGAAAAGGGUCCUGCCACGAAAAGAGACGAGACAGUGCCUGGUUGGUGGAGAGUGCAGACAUGCCACGCCUUUUUUGCGUCCCAAGCUAGCCGUAAAUCGUCUAUACCGUAACUUCCGUUCUAGAGUGCCGAUUCUUUUUACGAUUUUUCUUUCCUACGAAAAUUCGUCCCAUCGCUCUUCAGGAGCCCGCGAAGAUGACCUCGAAUAUUCUGCGGUCCAACGCGCCGACGCCGGAAUGGGCAACAAGUUGCAUCGCUUGGUUCGCGCGUGUGCCGAAACCGAAGAAGACAAUCCAAUCCUCUCGAUUCACGAUCAAGGCGCCGGGGGCAAUGGUUCAAUGAGAAAUCUUUAGUCUGGAAAUGAUCAUCUUCAGCAAAUGUUCUCAAGGAGCUCGUUCUUCCCAUGGGCGCGACUAUCAAUUGCAGUAGUUUCAACCUCGGAGAUGAAAGUUUGUCGGUGAAAGAGCUGUGGACGGCCGAAUAUCAGGUGAAAACUGAACAAUUUGAUUUUUUCAUAAAUAAUUGAGAAAAUUCCCUUCUUAUAGCUGAUUCACGGGUGGCUUGAGCCAUCCAAAAAAAAAAGGGUCCUGACACGAUAAUUCACGAGAUAGCGCCUGGCUCGUGGAGAGCGCACACAGGACACGCCCCCUUAGCGUGUCAAGCUGGCCGUGAAUCAGCUAUAUCAUUAAAAGAAAAUUUUUCUUGAGAUUACCAAAAAAUGUUCUCAUUGGAGCGCAUGAGCCGCUCAAAUUCCCCGAAACUUUAUUCCACGUUCUGAAAAUGAUAGCGCUUUUCGGACAUUGGUAACUUAACGCGAAGCGGAAUUGCUUCGGAAGUUUUUGGGCAUUUCUAGUGACCACUUUAGUAGCGUCAGCACUCUUAAAUGAUCCCUAGAAUUGCACAGAAACGUCCGGAGUACGUCCGUUUUUCGUUACCAAUGUCCGAGUUAAUGGAAAAACCAUCUAACGAUCACUCAAAUGACUUUUAAGCCUCUUAAGGGCUCCCUUGAAAUCGUCCGAAAGCUCUAGGAAGCACCCACUUUUUAAUUUUUUUUUUUCUUAGAGUCCAAUUAAAUUUUUCAAAACAGUCACUGUUUCAUAUCGAUAUCUGCUUUUUGAAGUUUUUGAAAAAAAAAAGAAGUUUCUUUAUUUUGCAAAGUCGGAAUGACCCAGGUCCGUAAAGGUCCAUAGAAAUGUUCCUUUUAGGGUAAUGAAGGGUCUCUUUUUGCUGCCUUUUUGUGCCAUUUCCUCAGCCCAUAUGCACCUUUUUUGCUGCCUCUCCCUUUCUCCACCAUUUCUCGAGCCUUCAAAAUCCCAGAAAAAAAAAAAUGGAAGCCUCGAGAAAGGGACUCUCUUUGUUGACCUUCUGAGGCCUUUUUGCGGCCUUUUUUGAGCCUCUCCCUUUUAGUAGCCAUAUUCACUAUCCCGACUUUGCCCGAGUUUUCUCAAUUUUUAAAAUCUUAACUUUCCAAAAAAAUAAUGCUUAACUUCAGGAGAGCGACGCAUGCCUCGUUGAUCCUCGUUCCAUCGAAAAACUCAAAAAAAUUGGCCUCCGAGAAGGUUGUCCCGUGGAAGUUGUUGGCCGAGUUGACUGCAAGGAUGAAGAAAUACAUAACGAGGUAGGGAGAAUCCCUAUGACAUCACAGGAGAAAAAAAAAAUCAAAAUAUAAAUUUCAUAAGAAGGAAAACUCACAAAUCGUGAAGCUUGGAAUUUUCCAUAAAAUUGCCAAAAACCCUUCCGAAAGAAGGUUUGUCAUGGUCGCCAUCUGUGCAAAUUUUUAUUUUGCAUAGGAAGUUUUUAAAAUUGCGAAAUAUUGAUUUCAGGUCUACAGUUUGUUCAUAUUUUGAAUGGUAAGUAGUCGCUCAAGCUCCGCCCCUAAUGGCGCGAUAAACCAAUCAGAAAGCGAGCCAUUCACAGAACGUUUUUGAAUGACGUCAUUGUACUUGACAUUCAAAAUCUAAACGGACUAUAUCUCCGAAAAUAAAAUCUCGCAUAGACAACGUAAAAGAGGAAUCUUUACUAAGAACUGAGGCCUUAUACAAUUAAAAGGAAAAUAAUUUUCCGUCGUUUUCCUGAAACUCGUAUAUGACUAAAUUUAGUCUUUUUCUGACUGAAAUUGUUUUUCCUCUAUCCAAAUCUUCUUAUAAAGUCUUAAUACAUAAGAUAACGUCGGAAUCAUUGAUAUCCUAGCGAGUUUCAGGCCUUUUCUAUUUUCAGGAAAAUGGCAGAAAAUCAUUUUCCACUUUAUUGCAUACGGCCUCUGAAGAGAAUCAAAAAUGCUCUAAAAAUUGCGUCAGUGAUAAUUCCUAGGUUUCCUCUAAACUCAUGUUUUACAACAAAAAAAAAACGGAUAAAUCUGGAUUCAGAUAGUUGUGCAAGACUUUGAUGAUUCGAGAGCGGCAAAUCCAAAUCGGCGACCACCUGUGCAGUUUGAAGCGUCGUUCCUUCAGCCUAGAACGAAGGUUUCAGAAUAUGAAUAUUUAGGAGGCCCUCAAAAAAUUGAUAGAAGAGAAAAUUAGAUCAAAUUGGUGAUUGUUUUUCUAGGUUUUUGCUUGUUUUUUUUUCUUUUUUUCUCGAAACGAGAUUCAAUUCUAGAUCGUGUUUCAUGUCUCUGAGGUAUAUUGAUAGAGAAAACUUUUAUUUUCAGAAAAAAAUUGUCCUGGUACACUUUGGAACCUCAAUGAUUUAAAAAAAAAGUCAUGCCGGGGAAUUUCUGAGUGGUCCCUAUAGGCGUUUGUUGUUUUAGGGACCCCUAUAGGGGUCAAAAUUUAAGGGGCCAUUAAAAGAAGAGCGUAGGAGUCCUUAUAGGGCUCAUUAUAGGGUUUCUUCGGAAUCCCGGAAUAAUUCAAAAUUUUCCAAUUUUUGCGGAAAACUCACUUGCGCAAUGAUUCUACGGCUUAUUGACCUCCUUUUUGAGAGAUUGAACAAAUUUUGAAAGCUAACCUUUUGUAAACCUUCAUUCAUUCCUCAAUCCAAUGAUGAGCGACUUUUCCAGGCGUUCCACGUCGGUGUCCAACUCCGAAGCCUGAACAACAUUCUGGUAGAUGACCACAUAGAUUUUGUAGAUGUUCUGGACAAAAUUUUGCAUUUGCCGUCGGUGGCUUCCAAGAGGUAUGUUCAGUAAACCGGAAAAUUUCUGAUUGGCGAACUCGCAAACAUGUCGUUUUGUUCUCGCGCGGCUCACGCUUUUUUAGGCGCGAUCUCGCGUUCCUCUUGCAUUCAAAAACAAAAGGAAAGUUUGCGUAGUUCGGAGUCGCGUCGAUAAAAAUGAAAUCCCGUGGCGGCUACAAAGCAGCACGGAAAAAUACCAGAAUCGCCCCCACACUGCUUUCACCCCCGCGCUCUAAUCACCCCCCCACACUGCUUUCACCCCCGCGUUCCAAUCACCCCCCACACUGUUUUCACCCCCGCGUUCUAAUCACCCCCCCACACUGUUUUCACCCCCGCGUUCUAAUCACCCCCCCACACUGCUUUCACCCCCGCGUUCCAAUCACCCCCCCACACUGUUUUCACCCCGCGUUCUAAUCACCCCCCCACACACUGUUUUCACCCCCGCGUUCUAAUCAGCCCCCCCACACUGUUUCCAUCCACGCGUUCUAAUCAGCCCCCCACCAAGCCAAGUUCCGAUCUGCGGUGGUUGAAUCAGAGGACUUCAUGUGGGGGGUAAAAUCAAACGCGGGGGACAAAUCUGUGGCCCGCCGCAGUACAAAACAGGGGCCGAUUCUGAAACGCCUAGGCGAUCUUUCAUAUUCGCCCCCCGCACUGCUUUGAAAUAGUCCCCCAGAGCAUUCGAACAAGCCCCUCUCCCAUUCCAGAAUGACCCCCCUCCCCUUUCGAAAUGACCUCCCCCUCCCAUUCCAGAUUGGCGGUACCCAAUAUAUGGGGGGUAUACUGUAUUAUCCCCCAGCAGCACUUUUUGCGAGGUCGUCAAUAUGUCCCCCUUUUAUCUCGGCAGUCAUUUUUGGUCUUAUUGGCUCACUCUCUUUUUUCAGGUCGUGGAAACUGUAUAACUAACUUAUCAAAUAACCAUUAGAAUUAAAUUUCAGAUACCUGACUUGCAAAGUGGACCGUUCGGUGACGGGCUUGGUCGCUCAGCAACAAUGUGUCGGCCCGCUUCAUACCCCACUUGCAAACGUCGCCGUCGUCGCCUUGUCUCAUUUCACCAAAGUGAUUCAGUUUUUGAAAAAAAAAUCAUCCUGCUUCGGCGUCUCAAAAAUGAGACCUUCGCCAUUUUUCCCGGUGGAUUUGCUGAUGAUAUAGGGCUGCCACGGGCUACCAGACUCUCAAAUCGUCAAAAAACCUUUUUUCUCUAUAUUUCACCAACUUCUCGAUUUCUACUUAUUUUCAACUUUGCGGGUCAAUAUAUAACCAAUUUUAGUUUGCAAUCGAGUACGAGGAAAAGCAUAAAAAUCAAAAGCUCAGAGGACUUACACAAAUUUUGAGAAAAUGGGUGGAAAAUUAGGUUUUACCCUAAAAAGAUAGUACUGACUUUUCUAUAGAAAGAAUCGGGGAAAUGGCGGCUUCCAAAAAUAAUGUGAGGCCGUAUGCAAUAAAGUGAGAAUAGCCUUAAACUCGCUAGAAAAUUGUUGAUUUUGACUUCAUCGGAUUUAAUGAGGCUUUAUUAGAAGAUUUGGAUAGGAAAGAAACAGAUUCAGUCUAAAAAAGACUAAAUUCAGUCAUUUUCGAGUUUCAGGAAAAUGGCGGAAAACCAUUUUCCACUUUAUUGCAUACGGCUCCGACCGUGUAUACCUGUACUAAUUUCAUCUAUUUUUUUGCUCCCUGGUUUUUAUUUUGGCGUUUUAAAAGAUUUUUAACAUGCAGAGAGGCGGCGCGGUAGCGGUCGGCGAGCAACCCUUCAAAAUGCUGGUCAACGUUUCGGCUGGCACUCGGAUGACCGUGGCGGAGUCGCUCCUCAAUCUGGCCUGGGUCCGGAUUUCGUCGCUGAAGGACGUGAAAAUGUCGGCCAACUGGAUGUGGCCGGCCAAGUGCGACGGCGAAGGCGCCCGGCUCGUCAAGGCUGUCGAACACCUCUGCAGUGUAAGUCUCAAGGAAACCUAUUCAUUAAUGGCGUUUUUUUUCUCCGUAAAGUGUGGUGUGUUGUGUGCAUGCACAGCGCCGCUUUCGCGUAGAAAAAUCGUUCAUUUAAUGAAAAUUGGAUUCGUCUCAAUUCCCUUUAGCAGAGUGGAAGCCUGCGCCUUUAAUAUGCCCUGUUUUUUACGCUCGUAGAGCCGAAAUCUAUGUCGUUCCCAUGACGUCACGAAGGAACCGCGCAGGUUUUGACUCCGCCCACCGCGUUUUCGGUUUCGCCUUCACUUCCACUAAAACAAACUCGUUAAAAAUAGCAUUGGCGAUUUUUUUUUUCAGUAUUUAUUUUUGAGAGGGAUCGAAGUCUAUAAUGCGGCCAAUUUUCAGGCCUUUUGGAAAAUUUUUCAUUUACAUUAUAGCUGAUUCAUGGCUGACUUGAGCUAUCAAAAAAAAGGGUCCUGGCACGAUAAAGAAAGAGAGAGUGCUUGGGUGAGGGAGAUCGCAGACAGGCCACGCCUCUUUGUGUCCCAAGCUAGCCGUGAAUCAGCUGUAACAAUUAUCGACGAGCAUGUCCCCUAUAGGGGCCUCUUUUGCAAGGUUUAUUCGCCCCUAUAGCGAUCGGUAAAGUGGUCCCUAGAGUGGAGGCUAUGAGCCGUUUUCAGUGUUUUUUUUAAAGUCAUGUAUAACUUAUUCACGGCUGGCUUGAGCCAUCCAAAAAGGAGAAAACUAGAAAGUGCCGAGUUGGUGGAGAGCGCAGACAGGCCACGCCCCCUCAUCGUUCCAAGCUAGCCGUGAUUCGGCUAUAGCAAAAGGAAGCUUUUAAAGUUGGUUUUUGAGGCAAAAAACAUUCCUUACAUCAAAAUUGUACAGAAACGGGAAAUUUAGACUGUCACAAUUCUUUUUCUUUUCUAGUUCGUAGAGACGCUCGGCUGUGCCAUCGACGGCGGAAAGGACUCGCUGAGUAUGGCGACCAAAGUUGGAGAGGAUGUCAUCAAGGUAUCCAACAUCUCUCUUUUUGAAAUCGGUCGUUAAGUCUCCGCCAACCCUGGUCCUUUCGUCCUACGCGACUGUCCCCGACAUUACCAAGCUCGUGACGCCGCGUCUCAAGGCCACUGGCUGUAAGUUUUAGAUUCCUGUUUUCAUUCGGGUACUUGGGAAACCGACCAGAACAGUCAUAAUAAGGUGCUACGACAAGAGCGAGUUUUCCAUUUGCGGGGAGUACUGUAUGCGCAAAUGCGCAUUGAGUGCAUACACUUUUCGUGUUUGCUCUUUCGUUGCGUGACGUCACCGGGUCGGCAAUCUCCGGGUUUUUUGUUUCCGAGUUUUUUUUUUCGAAUAUUUUCAACUUUUUUUUUUUGCUUUUCUCAAGCUUCGCAUUUUUCUCGAUGAUAUUUGCACGAUAAAAAACAGUAUCAAGAAAGAAAAAGUUGAAAAGUAUUCGAAAAAAAAGCUCGGAGAUGUCCGACCUGGUGACGUCACGCAACGAAAAUGUAAACACGCAUAGUGUAUGCACGGAAUGCGCAUAUCCGCAUACAGUACUCCUCGCAAAUGGAUCGCCCUUGUCGUAGCACCCAUAAUAAACAGCAAAAACCGUGGGUCCCGCUUUAGUGAUCACUUAGGUUUGUGCAAGGGCCGGCCCUACGAUAUUUUCCCAAGCUCGCUCAGGCCCCUUAGUGAGACCUUAAGCAAAAACGGCCAUCCUGCGCAGAAGAGCGCAACUUUUUUCAAUACAAUGUAGUCCGUCCGUCCGCCGCGACUUGACAGUUCUCGCGUGUCUGCGUCUCUCUGUUCCCUCACCGGCUAGGUCAGAGAAACAUGGAAACAGCACGUAGAAAUGAGAGGGACGUCGAGAGAAAAGGAGGGCGCAGAGAAGUUGCGAAAAACGGACAGUAGUAGACUUUUAUUUUAACGACAAAAAUCACGUUUUUGGUUUUUUCCGCUUUUUAAAGGUCUAACUUAAAAUUUGAACAGGAACUAUGAAUUAAAGUUGUAGUGAUUCAUUUUUAGAGUUAGUGUAAGAAAUUUUUCGAUGCGAUUUUUAAGUCUAUUUGAAGUCCAUCGCAGAAAACGGGCCGGCCCAGCACAGCCCGACGGGCAAGCCUGCUCCGCAAGGUAUGAGAAGUUCGCUCUCGGCGAACUUUUACAUGCAUAUUCAAUAAGAAGCAGUUUUUAUAUUGAUAGAAAUUUAGGUUUUAUUUUUCAGCUAAUCUUAACGGCACGAGAAUCAUCUAUGUUCGACUCUCUGAUGAUGAGCGAAUCGGUGGAACGGCUCUGGCGCAAGUUCUCAAUAGAGUUCGUUUUGAAGACAGAAAAAAAUACUCGGAGAAAAAUUUCUAAUGUUUUUUUUAGGGAAAAAAAUUCUUUUAUUAUUAAAAAAAUCGAAAAAAAUAGUUAAAAAUGUCUCAUAAAUAUUAUGCCGUGUUCAAUUUGAUUUCGCGAAACGCAAAAUGAUCUCUGACUCUCCAAAAUUUAGUGAUAUUUUGAUUUCUCUAACGGGUAUUUUGCAUUUCGCGUAAUCAAAUUGAACACGGCAUUAAAAUGUUGAGGCAAGUAUAAGUUCUGCCGCAGCUUCUCCUUUUGAAAAAUGUCGAAGAAAGUUUAUUUUUAGGAUUCUCGGAACAAAAAUGCUUCAAUUUCAAUGCUACUUUCAAAAACCAUUCCAUCAAAACCAAACUUUGUCAUAAGUUGUAAAAUAUUGAUUUUUUUUCGAAAAAAAUCCUGCACGUCAUGCUUGAUCAUCAUUUCUCAGCAUAGCUUUUUUUUUCAGACCGGCAACAAGUCACCUGACAUCGACGACAUAAACCUUUUCCGCUUAUUGUUCGAGACGAUUCAGGAUUUGGUGGAGAGAUCAGUUAUUUUUUCUGGUAAAUUGCUGAUUUUUGAUGCUUUUUACGGGUUUUCGAGGCUUGUGAAACUGACAAGUAGAGGGCCUGAAUGGAAAGAAAUGGAUAUUUCUUGAGGCCAUGACGUCUCGGACGGCGGCGUUCUGGUCGCGCUGUUGGAGAUGGCGUUCGCUGCGAAUUGCGGCCUCAACAUCGAGUUCAACUUGGACAAGGAGAACCCGGACAUACGAGGUUUUGGGGAAUCGCUCAAAAAAGUCUUUCAGAAAAUGUUGAUUAACAUGAACAUGGGCAAGUGAAGGACUCAGCUAGUCCAUGCGAAGGGGUAGACUUUCAAAAAUAACGAGGGAGUAUGGUUUUUAAAGGCAUUGGGACAGUAAAAAACGGGGUUUGAGGUAAAAGCCACGGCGUUUUUUUGGCGGCGCCCCGCCCAUAUUUUUUCCGUGAAGUGUAGUGUAUAGUGUGAAUGCACUGCGGCGCUCUCGCACAUUCUUUUCAAGUAGUUUUCGCUAAAAUCAGAAUAAUACCUGAAUUUCCCAAAUUCAGUCCUAUUUUUCAUUUUCCGGAGGCUAUUCUGAACUUCGCGAUAUCACUAUGAACACGGCAACAGAAAAAUUGCGUCUUUUUUAAAUGAGAAAACGAUUCGUUUCGUGACCCAUUGAACAUGCGCCUUUAAUAUGCCCCGUUGUUUACGCGUGUUUACCAUGACGUCACAUGGGAACGGCGGAGGUUAUGACCCCGCCCCCUUCAUUUUUGGUUUCGCAUUUUCUUCCACUAACAAAAACGCCGUGAAGCAGUACUUUGUAGAGCUUUUCAUUGCGAAACGAACGGCGUAAUCGAAAAAACAUAACCAUGAGUUCUUUUGAAAAACAACAUAAUUUUAUUAUCCCGUCUUCAAACUUUGAAAUAUGCUCUGGAUCGGUGUACAGAAAACUGUUUACAGUACCCGUGCACGAGAAGUUGCGAAAAACACACCCCGAUAUAAGUGGAAAAAUAGACGAAUCGGAGCCAGGUAAUAAACGUAUACCGAGCAUAUAACUCAAAAUGGAUCAUGGUGGUAUAUUAAUAUGUUCAUAGUCAUACUUCCGGCAUACGAAAAGUCGGAAAAGAUGUAGAAAGGCUCCAUAGAAAUGGUCCUUCUAGGGUGACAAAGGCCCAUUUUUUGCUGCCAUUUUGCACCAUUUUCUCGGCCCGUAGGCGACCUUUUUGCAGCCUCUCCCUUUUUUCACCAUUUCUUGAGCCUUCAAAAUCCUAUUCGUGUGUGAACUCAAAAUAUCGAUAUUUCAACCGAAAAGCGUAUAAAAUCGUCAUUUUUCACCGCAGAAGCAUUUUGCGAAUAAAAUUUGCAAAUUAUACAUGAAUUGAAAAUUCUUGUGACGGAGAAAUUUGGUCACAACAGAAAAAAAAAAUUCAAAAUUGAAAGAAACGAAAGCCAGAAAAUGCCUCUUGUCCACAGAGCAACUUUACUGCGAAACGCGGAAAUUUAAAACUUUUUCUCUCUUAUUUCGAACAACUGUUUCUCCGAAAAUAGGAACUUUUGUAAAUUUUCAAGUAAACGGUUCGAUUCGCAAUGAAAAGCUCUACAAAAUAUUGAUACUGAUUUCACCUGAAACCCCGUUUUUUACUGCCCCUAUGCCGUUAAGCUCAUGGAGACUAUGUUUCCAGCAAUAAAAACUCGUUUUAAUCUCAGGGAGGUAGUGAUGGCUUCAAUUGAGGAAGAAUUAGGGGAUGGCGACCUUUGAAAAAGGUUUUUUCUCAUGAAACUAGGAAACGUUUUUCACCCUCCGUAUGAACUUUUGAUGAAACUUUGCUAAAGUGUACUUUAGGGUCUCCUGGUUCCAGAACAACAGAAAAUUUUGUUGAAUUGGAUCUAGUUUUCGAGUUAGGACAAUUCAAAAGCCUAAAAUAGCGCUUUUUUGUCAUAAUUUGCGUAUUUUGCGGGCUUUGAAGCUUCAUAACUCGGAAACAAAAUCUAUUAGCAAUAUCGCUCGCCUCUCGCUGCGACCUCGCAAACGUCUUGCGCUAUAUCGCUCUCUGAAAAAAAUUUUUUUCUUCAAAAUUUUUUUUCCUUGAAUUUGAUUGAUUUCAUCAUAAAAGUCAAAAAUAAAGCAAAAAAAUGUUUUUCAAAUUUUUGAGAGAGAGCGAUAUGGCAGCGACACGCUGACGAGAUCGCAGCGAGAAGCCUUGGCUAUAUCGCCUGCGGCCCGCUGCGAUAUCGGAAAUUAUGUUGGGUGACGCGGAGAUGGAGCGCGUAAUGUGCAAACACGCAAGGUGCACGCGCCAAAUGCGGACUUCCGCAUACAGUACUCUUUCCAAAAAAAAAAAACUCGUUUUUUUCGUAGCCUCACUAACGUCCUCACUGAUUUGAAUGCCUCAAAAAAUCAUACAAUAUAGUAGAAUAAGUUUAGGUCUGAGAUUUUUCGUUUAGUUCUCCAAUUUCAGUUUGAGAAAAGAAUAAGAGUGAAAGGGUUUCAGAUUAUCUCCAAACGUUGUUUUCCGAAGAGUGCGGUGUUCUAAUCGAAGUGGAUGAUUGGAAGGCCAAAGACAUCAACAAAAAGCUGAACGAUCUCGGGUUCAUCUCCAAAGUGGUUGCCGUACCACUAAACCUCUUCGGCAAAGAUGCUUUCGUAUGUUGUCCAACGACUUGACAGCAACAAGAAAAACAGACUAAACUCUACGAAUUGAUUCGAAAAAAUAAGCAUCUACAUCAAUGUAAAAAAAAUGAAUAGCUCUAUUGGUUGAAAAAAAUUAAUAGCUCUAAUAGUUGAAAAAGAUGAAUAGCUCUAAAGAAUUAGAAAUUUUUGACUUUUUGAAAAUUAGAUAGUUUUUUCUUAAAUUUGAAAGCUCGCGGAAGUAUGACGUACUAUUCAGAUGCCCUGUAAACCUACAAGGUUUUUUUUUCUUUUGAGAACAAAGUUUGAAUUUUUCAGCUUCGUUUUAAGAAAAAUAAUAACUUUGAAGAUUUUUUUGAUAACUAGGAAGGUUUUGAGGUUGAGACUUGGUUAAUAAUUUAGAAGGUUUUCUAAAAAAAUUUUAAAAAGGGAUUUCCGCAGACAAAAACUGAGUUAAGCAGAACACAAUUCAAGCAUCUAAAGAUCUAAAGGAAAAACUCUCUGGGAAAAUUUUUAGUGGCUACUAUAGGGUUUUGACGUUUUAGUGGCCACUAUAGAGGUCUAAGUGAUACCACUAGACCACUAAAAUUUUUAGUGUCCACUUGAGGGGUCGAUGGAUCAACAUAACUGGUUCUAUCUGUUUUGUUUUUAAUUAUCAGAGUUACUAGAAGGAAUACUGGAUGAAAAACUACUGAAGUGGCCACUAAAUAGAGAACUUCUAUAGUGACCACUAAAACGGAAAAUAGUGGCCACUAUAGAGGUGGAUUCAGUGGCCACUUUAGUGUCCUCUCCAAGUAGUCCUUGGCGAGCCUUUAUAGUGGCCAUUAAACAUUUUCCCAGUGAAUUGGGAAACUAACCACGAUAAGCAGGCAAAAAUUUAAGCAGAAUAAAAUUAGGAACUAUUUCUAAGCUUUUUUUUUUUGAGAUCGGAGUUUUCGGGCCCAAACUUCCGAGCUGUCUGAGACCCAGUUUUUUUUUUUGACUGAAUAAACAUCAUUUCUGAAAAAAACUUACCUUUAUCGGGAUCGGCAGGUGAAAGUCGUAGUGAACGGCGAAAGAUUGCUCUACGAUUCGACGAGAAACCUCCGCGAGAGCUGGGAGACGUUGGGCCACCGAAUCGGCGUCUAUCAGACCACUAUCGGCUGUUUGGCACAGGAAAAGGCGCUCCGUGCGAAGAUCGACCAGGUCGAAUACAACCUUGACUUUGACUGGAAUCACAACAUAAGUUUCCUCCAAGAUUCCGAUUUUUUCACACAAGGUUCGUUUUGAAAAAGGAAGCAAACAGAAAAACGCGAGUUGAGCUAGGAAUAUUUUAUUAGAAUCUUCUUACAGGCCAGUGUGAACCAUGAGAAGUUUGACUAAAAUUGAAAAAUCUUUUGAAGACAAAGUGAUUUUUAAUGGACUUAUGGUGACGGUUGAACUGAAUUUUUAUACUUUUUUCAAAGUAGGAAUUUUCAGAUGAGGAAGUUAUCUAAAAAAUGAUCUUGGGAACGCAGUAGAAGUGGAUUUUCUAUUGAACCUGUUUAGUCAAUGUUUCCCAACUUGAAAGGCGAAGGAGGCGGGCAAAGGGGCGGGACGCGUAGCGUGUGCGUACGCGGUUCUUGGCACGAGUUUAAUUCAACCGCCAGCGACUAUUUGGAAAGCUCCUUUAUCGCUCUUUUUCACUUUUUUUCAAAUUAUUUAUCGAUUUUUUUUCAUGUGCGCAUUAAAAAUAUAGUAGAACAUAUAAAGAAAGAGCGGUGAACGAGCCUUUUUAAACAGCCGCUGGCGGUUGAAUUGAACUCUUGCCAAGAACCGCGUACGCACACGUUACGCGUCGCGCCUCCUGCCCCGCCUCUCUCGCCUUCCAAGUCGGGCUUUACUCAAAUUUGGAAAAAUGAAGAAAUUAAAAAGUUUUUACAAAAAACAUCCCUUUAAAGUGCAGUACAAAAAACGAGUCCAUAGACAUUUUGUUGAAUCGCAGCACCAAAAGUGGCGAUCAUCCGCGAGGAAGGAUCCAACGGCGACCGAGAACUGGCCGCCGCCUUCACCUACGCCGGAUUCCAGACAUGGGACGUCACCAUGAACGAUUUGGUCAAUGGACAUUCUCUUGAGGGCUACAAGUACGGAUUCACUCAUUCACAAGGGGAAAAAUAAAGGAAAAUGUGACCCGUUCGAGUUACCCUAAAGAGUUAUUUGAAGUAACAUACGUUGGCUGGAUCCCACCCCGGGGUGCGGCCAUACACUUUUUCUUCGAUCGUUCGAUUUCUCGAUUUCUUCCUCCUUGGGCUGUCCUGCGUCAUGUUUUUCAUUUUACUGAACUGAAUGGGGUUAUCAUUUGAAUAUUAGCCUUUUGAGAUGAAAAUUGGGGGCAUUGAAGUGUGAUUGCAACGGACUUUCGGCACAACUACCUGGGAAUCUCAAGGAAAAAAAUGAUUAAUUAAAAAAAUUGAGAAAUGAGCUCUGAUAUCUUCAAAAAAAUAUGAAUUUUUUUGAUGUUGGCCAAAAAAAAAAAAAUUUAUUCUAUUUUUUUAGACAAAGAAAUUUUGGAAUUUUUGAAUCUCGUGUGUUUUUCUAGCAGAGGAGAAAAAAGGAAAGAAAAUUAUAGCCUUGGGCAAGUUUCAUCAUGAAAUAUGCUCCAAGGAGAAUAAGAAUAUAAAAUCCAAAAAAAUAUGCUUGGCGGGGUUCAAAUUAGCAUUUUUUUUAACUGUUGAUUUUCUAAGAAUGGAGCAGGUCAAGAAGAAAUUUUUAGCGUUGUAAAGAUUUUUUUGCCUAAUAAAAGAGACAUUGGCUAAAUUUCGAGCUUUUUCAUAAGCAUUUUAUUAUUUAUUUUUUUGAUGAUCUCUUUGAUGAAAAGUUAUUCAUUUUCUUGGGUUUUAAUCUUGGUUUGAAGUAGUUUGAAAAACGGUAUCGAUAAACCUUCUGGUCCUCUGGUGGUCGCCAAUAGUUGUCAAGAACCAGUGACAACUUUUUGAAGAAGCGCUUUUAUUGGAGACAUUUUUAGAACCAUUAUUGGAGCCAAGAAGUAACGAAAAUCAAAGUUUAAAAAAAACGUAAAAUAACACCGGACAUGGCUCCUCACCUAGUAACCUUCAUAAAUAAAGAUCACGCUCCUCUAAACAACAAAUGAGACAGUUUUUUUAAAAGACAUUUUAAUUUUAGAAAAAAACUUGUUCAUUUUAUUUAAUCACUGAAGUGAUCACUGAGAACUGCCAAGUUGUAGCUUAAGAGGCUGGUUAUAAUUUUUUUUUUUAAACAGAAGAUUAACUUUGGGGAGCUGUUUUCUUUUAUUUUGAUUGUUUCACAGAAAAAAAGGAGGAUUAAUCGAUUGCUUCGAAUUUUUCAUCCCUUGAGUGGCUAUUUUAAAAAAAUAAAGAUCAUCGAGUUUUUUUAAUUCAGAGCUUCUCAAGAAUGUAAUUCCUUGGAAUGUCGCUCGAGAAAAAAAGAAAAAAAUUAAGCAAUAUUCUAAACUCAAAAAAGGGACUUUUUUUUCAAAAAAGAAGGGCUUUUUUUCAGCGGAGUCGCCUUCGUUGGUGGAUUUUCUUUUUCGGAUGUCGGUGGAUCGGCUAGAGGUACUGUUUGGAAUUUUUUAAAACGAACUCGAAAAAUCUCUUCUUUACAAGCAUUUGCACAGCUCUGAAAAGCCGAAAAAAUAUCAAAUUUUUGAUUGAAAAUAUAUUUUUCUCUUCGUAAACUUCAAAAACAGGAGAUUUUUGUAGCCUGGGCAAUGUCGAUUCUCAACGGAGACCUCAAAAAGAAGUUUGAUGAUUUCCGAGCACGAGAAAAUUCCUUCUCGUUAGGGAUAUGUAAUGGUUGCCAGCUGAUGGCGUAUUUGGGCUGGAUUGGGGAGAACCGUAAGUUUUGAAUGAUAGAACUUGCAUCGAAUCGUUCUUCUUUCAGCUAUCGAAGAUCUGAACUUUUUCUUCAAUGACAAUCUUUGUGGCCGCUUUGAGUCGUCGUUCUGCUCGGUUCGUGUGGAGGAAUCUGAGGCGAUGAUGCUCAAGGGAAUGAAAGACGCCGUCUUGGGAAUUUGGGUCGCUAAUGGAGAAGGUGAACUGAAAAGUGAUGAGAGAAUGGAGUCAUGGGUCACAAAAAUCCAGAACGAAGGGUUUUCGUGUUACCACUCUUCAAAACUCAAAAAAUGAGCACUUACAAGAAAAUCUAAGAAAAAGAAAAAUUGCAAAAAAAAGUUUGCAUAGAGUGGGGUCCGAACCUGUGACCUCGCUCAUUUCAUUCCACCGUCUUCACACUGCUCUACGGCCGCCGAAUCGGAAUACCACACCGCGCUCGCAUUUCUUUAUCAUGCACGGAGCUUUAAAAAAAAAUUUGGAAAUUCUCCACGGAGCUUUAAAAAACCUUCGGCGAACUAAAAGUCCAGUGUAGUUGAUCAAGUUCAAAGCAUAGUCAUACGGUCCUUCGCCUCGUUCCUCUGCACGUAGUUCAUUCAGUUGCGCCUUGACGAGCUCAGAAUGUAGUGGAUGUUGUAGCUGGAGCCCGGAGACCGUUCUCUAGCUGGAAGCCUCGAAAUGAAAGAGAGACAACUUCGAGUGAAGAUUUUACACGGAAACUUGACGAAAUUUGGAAAUUCUCCAUUUUAUCUUUUAAGAUUGAGAGUAUAAUGACUCUACUAAAUAGUCAAUACAAAUUAAGAUUCAAUAAAUUAUAAUUUUUAUGAGCUUUAGAAGUUAUCUUAGUAAAAUGGAUAGUGAUUUAUCCUUAACGUGGGGGUUUUAUCUAUUUGCUGAUUUUUGAGUAUUUUUAAUAAACGUACCUUUAACUGUUAAUAAUUUCUAGAAGCUUCGAGUUUCACAUUAAAAAUUUGAACGAGUGCUGUAGAAGCUCUCCUUCAGAUUAGGUCAGCUUGAAUUGUCACCGAACUUGUCAGUUUUAAAGUAGGGAAAACUACAGUAUACAUAGCUAUUUAAUGAACUUCGCUUCGAGACCUGUGAUUUUAAGGUGAACAGUAUCUAUUUUUGGCCAGAAAAAAGACGUCUGGCGCGGAAUAGACUAUGAAAAAAUUCGAAAAGACGAGUUUUUUUUUAUUAAUUUUGACAUUUUCAGGCCGAUUCACUACGAAAAACCCAGACGUCCUGGGAAAUUUUGCAAAGAACAGACAAGUCGGCUUGCGUUACGUUGACCACCACGGGCAGAAAACACCGUUCGGUGAGACGCUACCGUAUCCGCAGAAUCCGAGCGGAUCCGAGGACGACAUCGCCGCCAUCUGCAGCAGCGACGGACGACAUCUCGCCAUGAUGCCUCAUCCUGAACGGUUCAACCUUUUCUUUCAAUCAAUCCAUCAAUCAAUAUUUUUAUUUUUAGUAAUAAGUGAAAUAGGCUAGGCGAUAAACAAGAAAUUUUUGAGCGAUAGCAAAAAACUGCCAUGGGCGGACUAGAAGUCCAAACCUGUAGUUUUUCAUGUUGAAAUCAUAAUCCUACAUGAUGCCCCGUCCUGAACGGUUCAUUCUGUCUUUUUAAUCAACCAAUCAAUGCUCAUUCUUGUUGUAGUAGUAGAUUUAAUCGAAUAAAUGACGAACAAGAAGUUUUCAAGUUCUGUUAAACGACCGCCUUUGGCGAACUAGAAGUCCAAACCUGUAGUUGAUCAUGUUGAAAGCACGAUUUUACUGUUCUUCGGCUCGUUCUACUGCGCGUAGUUCAUCCAAGUGCGCCUUAAAGAGCUCAGGUUAUAGGGGAUGUUGUAUAGUGAACUUCGCCUAAACUUGUCAUAAUUUGAAAAAAGUAGAAAACUCUACAGAAUACAAAGCUUUUUGCUCCCUUCGCUUCGAGACCUAGAUGUUUUUGCCUAUCCGCUUUAAGACCCACGAUCUAAGUAAUACAGUACUGCGGGCAAAAAAAAAAAAGACAAGCUGGCUCAGGCUAAGCUCCAGAUGGAACCCGGAGAACGUGCUCUAGCCCCUAGAUGAGAGCAACCACAAAUAAAUGAACUUUACUCGGAGUUUUAAUUGAAUUUUUUACUUUCCUUCUCUGAAUAGAACAAAGAACGAUUUGUCGAUUUCAGCUCCUUCCUCACCUGGCAAUGGCCCGAGUAUCCGAACAAACACCUGGCGAGAAAUAACGACCUGACGCCGUGGAUCAAAAUGUUCCGCAACGCGUACGAUUGGUCUUUGAAGAACCCGAUCAACCAGGGAAAAUAA